CUAGCCUUUCCCGCUGAAUGUCACUAUUACCAUAGUAAAGGGAAGGGCCCCGCCGAGGGGGUGGCGGGAGGGCCAACCGCGCCGCAGGAUGGGUGCCGCGUGUGGGCAAGGGCAGCCGGCGGGCGCAGCGCCUUGGCGCAGGGACCGGCCCGCCCCGCCCCUGGGCAGGGCCACUCGGGCAACACCGCCGGGCGGGAGCAGACUCCUUAAGCUCCGCGGGAGAGCGGGCGGCUGGGGCGGGGAGGGUCUGUGGAUGGGAGCCGCCGGGCUGACCCACUUCCCCAGUUUUCCCCUCGGCAGUACUCACGGAGGUGGAAAGGCAGCCGCCUCGCUCUGCCGACUGACCCGGGAGAGUCGCUGCUGCCAGACGCCAGCGGCCCGCAGGGGCUCCUGCACCGGCCGGCGCCGCCCCACCCUUCCUUUGGGAAAGGGGAAAGGCUCCCUAAGCCUCGGAGGAGGAACUCACCCUCCUCUUCUCACAUUAUCCCAAGCCAGUGAAUGGGGCAGACCCAGAACCCUACCACACCACCAGCUAACCCCCAGCAGCAAAAUCAAGAAAUGUGGCAGUGAGGUACCCCUGGGCUAUACUAAAAAGGGAAGAGAGCUAAUAUGUAAUCAGUACUAUGAAUGUCUCAGUCACCGCGUCACUGGGGUGAACAUGGGCUCUGGGGACAGACUACCUCCAUUUAAAUCCCGUUUCUGAUACUGCUAUGAAUUGAACAUUUUCAUCCCGUCCAAAUUUCAUGUUGAAAUGUAAUCCCCAAUGCAACAGUAUUGGAGGUGUGGCCUUUGGGAAGUGAUUGAUUUAUGGGGGUUCCGCCCUCAUGAAUGAGAUUGGGUGCCCUUAUAAAAUGGCUUGAUGAAGGGAGUUCACCCCUGUUGUCCUGUCUUCUGCCAUGUAAGGACGCAGCAGCAUUUUUCCCCUCCAGAGGAUAUAGCAUUCAAGGCACCAUCAUGGAAGAAGACAGCAGCCCUCAUUAGAUGCCAGCCUUGAUCUUGGACUUCCCAGCCUCUAGAAAUGUAAGAAAUGAAUGUCUGUUUUUAUGAAUUACUCAGUCUGUGGUAUUCUGUUAUAGCAGCACAAAAUUGCCUAAGACAUAAUAAAUGUGAAACUUAGAAAAGUGA